AUGGGCUGCCCCCUCCUGCGGAACGCGUUUGCUGGUUUGAUCCUGGUACUGCUGUCGAAAGCGUCUAGUGUGCACGGAGCAGAAUUCGGACACCUGCCGGACAACAUUACAGUGUUGGAAGGAGAAAGCGUCACUUUGAGAUGUCGGAUCGACGAGGAGGUGACCCACAAGGCCUGGCUAAACCGCUCUAACAUCCUCUUCACGGGGACAGACAAGUGGUCACUGGACAAGCGUGUGACGCUGGCCAACAGUAACAACAGUGACUUUUCCAUCCACAUUGACAAGGUGCAAGUAACUGACGAGGGGCCUUACACUUGCACCUUCCAGGCCAAUAACAAGCCCCGCAUCGCCCACGUCUACCUCAUUGUCCAAGUGCCGGCCAGAAUUGUCAACAUCUCAAAAAAUGUGUCGGUGAACGAAGGAGAGAAUGUAAACCUCUACUGUCUUGCAGUGGGUCGGCCUGAGCCCACUGUCACCUGGAAAGACCAGAAAUAUGGGUUGGUAAGUGACGGGGAGUUCCUAGACAUCACAGAGAUCAAGAGGCAGCAGGCCGAGGACUAUGAAUGCAUCACCAACAAUGGAGUGGCUCCACCUGAUCAGCGCAAGGUCAGGGUCACGGUCAACUACCCUCCCAUGAUCACAGACAUGAAGAACCUGCCAGCCCAUUUGGGUAAGACGGCUAUCUUGCGCUGUGAAGCCAUGGCAGUCCCACCAGCCUCCUUCGAGUGGUACAGAGAUGACCAUAGGCCGGUAGAGAGUGACAACACCCUGAGGAUCAAAAACGAGAAGACGCGCUCGCUGUUGCUGUUCACCAAUGUGACAGAGAAACACUUUGGCAACUACACCUGCUUUGCCGCAAACCGUCUAGGGGCUUCCAACGCCAGCAUGCUGCUGUUUCGGCCAGGGGCCAUCCAAGGGCGAGGGACUGGUUUACAUGCAGGGAUGAGUGUUGGCGUGAGUGUUUGGGUUUCCCUCUCUACUGUUCUUCUGCUGAAGGUGUAAAGAUCGAUCUCCACCUGGAAUUGUCCCUAAACGUCCUUGAAAGCCCCCGGACCCCCUCUUCCUUCCUCUCUCCCCCUCUACGGAAGGAAGAAGGAAAUUAAAUUCUUUAAUUACGAACCCAUCACUGUGAACAAAAAGAAUAUGCAUUAUUCCAGGAGCCAUUGAAUCAUUGCAUCAAACACCACCACAUUAACCACGACCCCCCCACCCCAUCCCACCCCACCCAAAAACCCCUUCACCCUCAAUUUAAUAUGAGGUUAAACCAUUGUGAUCAUCUCACAUACACACUGUGUCUCCCUCUUUUUGUCUCCCAGAAUGCCUUGCAGAUUUAUCUGACUUGGUAUGUUCCUCCUCAUCUUGUUUUCCCCUCAUUACUACCACUGGCCUGAUGAUAGAGAGUGUAUAUUAACUGAUUAUUGUGUCAGUGAUGGAUGAGAAAAUAGAUAAUCUUACAAGUGGACGAUCAUUAAUGUAAUAUACUACAUAGACUAAUGACUGACCUACAAUGUUUGCCUUAUGGAAAUGAUACAUAAAAUCUCAAAUGUAUGGUGGAUAUUUAUGGAAAUUAUAGGUAUAAUGUGGUACUGACGGUCACGUGACCUUUUGAAAAUUGUCCAAUUGGUGGCCAUGUGAAGUAUCACCCUCUGAUCACACCUACACAUACACACAAACACAUACAAAUGUAUGGCUUUUUGAUUUUAACUGUUGAGCAGUGAAGCUGCUAUGAAUGAUGUCAAAAUAUAUUUAAAACAAAAGGGUGGGUGGUGACGGCGUCGGUCUUAACUACCCCUUUAUGUAAUUUGGGGGGUUUAUUACCAAGGUUUCGCAUGUAGACCCCCUCACUACCCAAACCUUUUCAGCCCCCUGCCCCGCCCCUUCUGUCCAAUGUGCUCUGUCCAGUCGCCCUUUGCAUUGCUAUAGUGUUCUCUGCUCCGUGUCACCCCUCUCCUCCCUCCGUCUUCCUCCCCAGUGUAAAUAUAUGCAGUAAAGAGGCCACGCUGGCAACCUCAAGUUGCCUGGCACUGAACAACUUCUCCCAUCAGCCUCAAAUACGCUCCAGUUUUCUGAAGCAGCACGAGACUGUCCAGUGACAACAAUAUCUUCUGUUUCGAAGCUGUGACUCCAUCCUCUUCGUCGCUUGUUGAUAGCAUGUACCGGUUAGAAAUGUUCCUGUUGUGAGUCCAUACUCCCUUCACUCACUCUUCCUCCCUCCCUCCCUCCCUGCACUGUGUCUGUUUUACUCUGCAAGGUUACCUGCUUUUACUUUUUUGGUGUUAAUAAUAGUACAGAUGAUGAUGAUGUUAAUACGUAUUUGAAUAACUAUGAAUAGUAAUUUCACGUGAAAAAAGAACAAAAUCUGAUGGUAAUGAGCUGUACGUGGGGGAAAAACGUUUUUUGUACUUUCUAAGAAAUCACACACAUUGAACGACUGCAAUGAAAAAAAAGACAUGUAAAGUUUUCGAAGUGAUGUGCUCUAUUUUGCCAUGACAAGCUUUUUAAAAACGCAUUUGAAACAGUGUGAGGGAUUAUGUCAUCCAAGUCCAGAAGCAGUGAAUGAUGAUGUAAUUUAUCAUUUGUAAGAGUUUAUGUAUUGGACUCUUUUUUGUUGUCAUGCUGUUAACUGCAUCACACACACACAUUUACAGCAUAUUUGUCCACUUAUCAUAGUGUGUCUUUCUCCGACCAGCUAGAUAAAUGAUUUGGAUCCAUUUCAGUCUGGGAUCGUGGCUGUAAGUCGGUUCUUGUUCGGCCAGACCACAGGGAGAUAAAGAUGUAAUUAGCCAUUACCUGUGGCUGGCUAAGUGAAGGAGCCUGGGCUCCACCUGUCCCUCCUGCCAGCCAGUGAUGGCCCCCAUAAAUCAAGCUCAAUCCUGCCACUGACAGGAAUCCUCUUCAAGGACAACCUUGCCUUGAUGCACCAGUCCUCCCUCCAAUGUGUACCUGUGACAUGCAGGCAUGGGCACUACAAAACCCCCAUGGCACAAUUAUCCAUCCACUACCCCGCACAGCACAAACAGUGGGAGGUAAGCCCAUUUUUCAACAUGGUGGCACUCGUUUCUCCACUGAAACACUGCUCCACUCACAUGCAGCGACUAUAUGCAAAUUUGCCAUAAUGAGCCUGCACGCAGAGAUGAGUUUACCCCGGCUGAACCCUGACUACUGCGACCUUAAAGGGGAAUUACUCAGAUUUGAAUCAAUUGUCUGAAUGCGUUUUGUUUGAUUUUAUUUCAAACCAGCAAUAACCCCUACUGUGCAAGAGUUAUCCGAUAUGGUUAGAGCUGUGGUGUAAUAUCUGAAAAAAUUACAUUUACAAGGUAUAUAAAAUAAGUCUCUUGUUGUACUUUUACGUUGUACAGUACUCUGAAAUGAUUGUGAAGCUCUGUUUAAAUGGCCCUUAAUUUAAAACACUACUUGUUGUACUCAAAAGGUCUUGCGCUCUGCGAUGUAGUCGGGUUGUCUGUGUGACAGAACACACUGCUUGUGCAUGUAUCUUGUUCCAAAAAUAAUGACGGAUACCAAUUCAAGCACAAGAGCAGGUCGUUUGGUCAGUGCUUCUUUUUUCUGACCCAGACACUUUCACAUCUCAGUAUCUUGGUUUUUCAUGCUGUAUUUUAUUUUCACUAUUUGUUUCCCACUCAAAUACUGUGCACUGUUCCAUUUCAGUGUCCCACUGGGUCUGUCAGUGGCAUAUAACAUAUGUAUGUACAUAAUCUGUCCUUGAUGAUGAAAAA